AUGGCUGUUCAAUCAUUAUAUAUUCUCAACAGGGCCGGAGGUUUAGUUUACCAAAAAGAUUUUCAACCCGGCUUAAAAAAGCUUUCAACAAAUGAGUAUCUAGUUCUUGCAGGCACUUUUCAUAGUAUACAUGCCAUCUCAUCGCGCGUAUCACCAAUACCAAACUCAUCUGGCAUUACAAAAGUUGAAAUGUCUAAAUUUGCUAUGCAUUGCUUUCAAACUUUGACUGGAACCAAAUUCCUACUCAUUACCGAUAUUAAACAAGGAGCACAGGGGUCUGGCAUGUCAUUGAUGCCAGACGCAAUUAUCAACAAGGUUUAUCAGCUGUACGCUGACUUUGUCAUGAAAAACCCUUUUUAUCAAAUGGACAUGCCAGUGAGAUGCGACUUGUUUGAUCAGAAUCUCACAAAAUAUCUGAAUGAAAUAGCAUAA